AUGUCUCCGACACGCGAGCUUGCGCAGCAGAUCGAGGUAGAGGCAAACCGGUUCGGAAAGUGCAUAGGCAUAUCUGUGGUCUCGAUGUACGGCGGGGCACCAAAGUGGGAGCAGGUCCAGGCGUACAAGAGGGGCGUCCAUGCGAUCAUCGCAUGCCCCGGCCGUCUCAAUGAUUGCUUGGAGGGUGGGCAGGUGACGCGGGAUCGGAUUGGGUCAAGAUGCUGGUGCUGGAUGAGGCCGACAGGAUGCUGGACAUGGGCUUUGAGCCGCAGAUCAAGACUAUCCACCCGACUGCCUGCUGCGAGGCAUACAAUGUUCUUUACAGCGACCUGGCCAAGGGAAGUGCGCCAGCUUGCCAGCACGAUGUUGCGGAACCCGUACAGGGUCAUGAUAGGAAACCGCGAGAACCUUAAAGCUAAUCAGGAUGUCGUUCAGGAAGUGCGGAUCGUAGAGGGGCGCGGCAAGGAGCAAGCGCUUCAGGAGUUGUUGAGCGAAGCAGGGCUGACGCAGCCAGGUGCGAUAGGCAAGUGCUUGGUGUUCGUAGGGACGAAAAGGAUGUGCGAGGAAAUCUCGGUCAACCUGUGCCGUGCUGGCGUACAGUGUGCAUCUAUUCACGGCGACAAGGACCAGUUUCAGCGCGAUCAGGCACUGGCGAACCUGAAGAGCGGGUAUUACAGAGUGUUGGCCGCCACGGACGUUGCAGCCCGCGGCCUUGACAUCAAAGGUAUCGGUCUGGUGAUCAAUUACGACAUUCCCAACAAUACAGAAGACUACGUGCACCGCAUUGGACGAACUGGCCGUGCUGGUGCCAAGGGUUACGCCGUCACUUUUGUCACACGAAACGAUGGAGGCAAGAUAUCGGGAAUUAUCAAGAUCAUGGAGGGUGCGAACCAAGACAUCCCUCCAGAGAUUCGCGCCCUGUCAAGGGGCGGCGGCGGAGGUGGGGGCAACCGCGGCGGUGGCGGUGGCGGGGGAUGGGGAGGCGGCGGCGGAUCUUGCGUUUGGUGCGCCAAGGGAGAAUGUUGGACUCAUGGUGGAAAGGGCAAAGGCCGCAGCCGUAGUCCAAAAGGUCACGGAUAA